AUGAGUCGCAUUUGCGUCGUAAGUCUUUUGAUUCUUUUGGCCGAGGCCAAUCUGAGGGGCACUGAGGAGCAGAAAUGCGUUGGUCAGGGCAGCCCCUGCACUCCAACAUCGAAUCGUUGUUGCCAGGGGCCUGGGUUGAUGACAUGCCGCCUGCGUCCAAGCACCGCCGCAGGGGAUGAGGGCAUGGCCUACCAAUGUGGCGAGGAGUUUCCCAAGCAAUCACUGCCGGACGCAAGCUGCACGCCUGAAGGCCAAGAGUGCACAUCCGACCUCACCUGCUGCCAAGUGGACAAAAGCAGCCUGACCAUGACUUGCCAAGCAGACAACGGCCCGAAGAAGCGCCGAGUCUGUAAGGGCAAGAUUACAAACCUGGGUGCGGAAGCCUGCGUGUCGGAGGGGAACAGCUGCAACCCGUUGGAGAACAGCUGCUGCCAGGAAGAUCUUCAUGGCACGAAGGCACUGCGAACCUGCCAGCUCAAAUUCCUGGAGGCUCCUGGUGAGCACAGCAUGGCAUACCAGUGCGCCAAGGAGGCCUAA